UCCCAGGCUGCCCCGGUGACAAGGCAGGGAACCUGCACUGAGCUCUCUGUACCCGGCCCCGGCCCCUGGAGACAUGAACAAGGUCUUCCCCCAGGGACAUGAUGGCCAGGCAGCUGCCGGAACCAAAGCCCUCCCCGCAGGAGCAGAAGGCUGCAGUCCCCUCUGCUGCUCACGUCGCGGGACGUGCCUCUCAGCCUCCGUGCUGCUCCUGCUAGCAACUCUAGCAGCCCUCAUCGCCCUGGUCACCAUCCUUGGACUGCCACCACGCAUGCCAGCGGCCCAGGCUUGUGUAACACCGACGAACAGGACAGGCUUCUUGUGCCACGACCGGAGGAGCUGCAUCCCGGCCAGCGGGGUCUGCGAUGGCAUCCGCACUUGUACCCACGGCGAGGACGAAGACGAGGGCUUGUGCCGAGACGUGCCCCACAGCCUCCCCAGCUUCCUGGUGGCCCACUGUGGAGACCCGGCCUCCUGGAUCUACUCAGACCAAAAAUGUGACGGGACCAACAGCUGUGGGGACUGCUCGGACGAACUGAGCCCAGUGACUGUGUGUCUGCCCUGUGGCCCUGGGUGGUGGCACUGCCCUUCCACCGUCUUCAAGUACUGCGACUGCAUCCCAAGGAGUCUCUGCCGGGACCGCGUGCAGCACUGCUCUGACUGGUCCGACGAGUACUCCUGUCCUGGGCCCUGAGUGGACCACCUGGGCCAGCAUGGAAGGCUGGUUGGAAUGGCAUUGACAGCCCUUCACAUGAGCAUCAAACCCUGGAGCGCGAGGGCAGGAAGGGGCCUUCGAAAUCACCUUGUGGGAUCUACACAUCAUGUCUGAAUAGGAAUUGUCUCUUCU